CUGGACGUUCGUGUCAAGGUGCAUGACGCAUUCCGUUUGAGAUGUCCGAGUACCGUAACCACAGCGGGGCCGGCGCUCGGCGCAGCGACUACGUGUUGCAGUAUGAAUAUUACGACGACGAGGAGCCCAUCUCCUACGAGGGCCUUAAAGCGCACCGAUACUCUAUCGUCAUUGGCUUCUGGGUCGGACUGGCCGUGUUUGUGAUCUUCAUGUUCUUUGUCCUCACCCUGCUGACCAAGACAGGAGCCCCGCACCAAGAAAACCCAGAACCUGUAGAGAAGCGCCACCGGCCGGGGAGCUGUCAGAUAGAUGUCAGCGGUCCUCAGGAGGAAAUUAAUAAGGCCUUCACUCGCCCCCUGCUAGGCGAGUCCCGCCCCUUUUUCCAUUUCUACAUCAGUGAAGAGGAGACAGCUCAGGGGCCGCGGAAACCGGGAGACCGGGGAGCUGGUAGAGAGGCCGGAGCCCAAACCCGGAGCGACAGCAGCAGCCAGCCUGAAGUCCUCGGUCCCCCCAGGACAGAGAGGAUGGGGGAGGAAAUAGAGGAGGCAGAGGGGCUCCAACCUCUCCGUGGGCUCAUGCCAGAGACAAAGUCAGACCAAGAGAGUGCCUUCCUGUUCAGCUUCAACAUCCCAAACUUUGUGAACUCGGAGCACGGCUCCAUGCUUGAGUAGGGGGACCUGCCUCUGUGUGAGCCGUCCAUCGUGCUGGACAGCAUGUCCCUCUCUCGGGACGCACAUCGCACCGUCAACCGAGGCCCUGCCUCUUCGGAGAGACCAGCUGUGGAGUUGUGUAAAUGUAGCAAUGUGAAACAACAGGGGCCACAAACCCACCUGCCACAUACAGACUCACGCUUUCUUUCCUGUGACACUUUUCGGGACUUUUCGUGGCCUUUUGAGCGAUCAUCCGUUCAACACAAAAAAAGAAGAAGCCCAGAUUUGAUGAGGAUGGCUCUUCAUAAUAAUCAGAUGCCACAGGCUCCCGAUGUGUCUCUCAAGAAAACCCCAUUUUAUGGAUGA